GGGAGUAAACACUCUGGAAUUAAUGGAGAAAAAAAUAAGAUAAUUCUGGAGGAUCAGAUAUGCAGGGUCAAGAAACUCGACCAGCACCUUCACUCAAAAAGGACAAACACCCCCAGUGCACAUGAUACCUACAGCUAUAUGGAUGAAUAUGAAUCUACAAACAUCAGCUAUGUCAUGUUGAGAUCAUAAACUUGUUGACAGAUAAAGAAGGUGAAAAUAAUACAAAGCACCAUGAUGAUCGUGACUACUUCAGGAAUCUCAGUUCCUCCCCGAAUGGCUCCAGACAACGACAGCGAGGAAGAUCCUUCUCCCGUUCCACACUAUAACUUCAACAACAGCAACAACAAUAAAGAACAAGAAAAAAGGAAGAAAGUAAAAAAGGAUAAAAACGAGAAAAAAGAAAAGAAAGAAAGGAAAAAAAAGAAGGAGAAGGAGCAGGAAAAUGAAAAAGAAAAGGAGAAAGAAAAAGAGAAGGACAAGGAGAAGGAGAAAAAAGAUGUGCCGAAAGAGGUGUUUGUGAUUAACCCAGCCAGUAACCUGUAUUACCAGUGGCUCCUUCUCAUCACUUUGCCUGUCAUGUACAACUGGACCAUGAUCAUUGCAAGAGCCUGCUUUGAAGAACUGCAGCAUGAAUAUCUGUUCACUUGGUUCUUUUUUGACUACAUCUCUGAUCUCCUUUACCUGGCAGACAUGGCCUUUAGAACAAGGACUGGCUACCUUGAGCAGGGUUUGCUUGUUAAAGAUCAGAAACUUCUCAUCAAGCACUACAAGGACAGCACUCAGUUUCGGCUAGAUGUCAUCUCAAUGAUACCUACCGAUGUGCUGUAUUUCAUCCUUGGACUGGACUACCCCGAGAUCCGCAUCAACAAGCUGCUACGCAUCAACCGCAUGUUUGAAUUCUUUGACCGCUCACAGACCAUGACCAACUAUCCCAACAUUUUCCGCAUCUGCACCUUGGUCAUGUAUAUCAUCAUUAUCAUUCACUGGAAUGCCUGCCUCUACUUUUCCUUUUCUAAAGCUAUUGGUUUUGGUUCAGAUCCCUGGGUCUACCCAGCACUCACUGAGCCUGAGUUUGGGGACUUGUUAAGAAAGUACUCUUUCAGCCUUUACUGGUCCACACUGACUCUCACCACCAUUGGGGAAACACCAUCUCCUGAGCUUGACUCUGAGUUUCUCUUUCAUGUUGUAGACUUUCUGGUUGGUGUCCUAAUCUUUGCUACUAUUGUUGGAAAUAUUGCCACAAUGAUCUCCAACAUGAAUGCGGCCCAAGCCCAAUUUCAGGCACGGAUAGACAGCAUCAAGCAGUACAUGCAAGUGCGGCAUGUCAGCAAGGAUCUGGAAAAGCGAGUCAUCAAGUGGUUUGACUAUUUGUGGACAAAUAAGAAAGCACAGGAUGAAAGGGAAGUACUUCGGUACCUGCCGGACAAGCUGCGAGCAGAGAUUGGUAUGAACGUUCACCUAGAUACAUUGAAGAAGGUGAGGAUCUUUGCAGACUGUGAAGCAGGUCUGCUAAUUGAGCUCAUUCUUAAAUUAAGACCUCAAGUGUUUAGCCCUGGUGAUUAUAUCUGCCGCAAGGGUGAUAUUGGCCGGGAGAUGUACAUCAUCAAGGAGGGAAAACUGGCCGUGGUGGCUGAUGAUGGUGUCACACAGUUUUGUGUUCUGGGUGAUGGAAGCUAUUUUGGGGAGAUCAGCAUCCUGAACAUCAAAGGCAGCAAAGCAGGAAACCGCAGGACGGCUAACAUCCGCAGCAUUGGAUACUCAGACAUCUUCUGCUUGUCCAAAGAUGACUUAAUGGAAGCACUGACUGAGUACCCUGAUGCCAAAAACAUGCUGGAGGAAAAGGGGAGGCAGAUCCUUAUGAAAGAUGGCUUAAUUGAAACAGACCCAGCGAACCUGAAGCCGGAUCAGAAGGACCUUGAGGACAGAGUGAACCGAAUUUACAACACCAUGGUGCUGAUGCAGGCCAAGAUAAAGAAACUGCUAGCAGAUUAUGAGGAAACUGAGAAACAGCUGAAAGAGCGCAUUGUUCAGAUAGAACGCUAUACUGGGGAGGAUGUGGAAGAGGAUGAAGAUGGAGAGAAGGAAGUGAAAGAAGAGGCUUCACCAGAGAAAGUCAAGGAGGAGAAAAAAGAGGGGGAUGAGUAGUAAAGAGGUCUAAGGUCUUAAGGUCUUUUUUUUCCCUGAUUUCCUAAUUUAGUCAUGUCCAAUUCCUCCUCAUCACCAGGGGGCUCCCACAUUAAGGCUACUACUACCACUCAGUCAGUAGGGUCAAAGACUGUCACGUGUUUGCUCCAAACCACAUGACGCCAGCCAACCGCAUUUUUUCAAACUGCUCGCUCAUGCACCAUUGGGGGCAGUGUAACACACUUCAGCAUAAAGACAGCUCUAUUUGCUCCUUCCACUUGCCGUGAUUAUUGUAAUAGCACUAAGUACCUCUUAUCUCUUCCCGCUGAGAGAGCUCGGCCAAUCAGCUCUCCCUAGACCCCCAGCUGCGAGAGGUUACAGCAUCACCCGAGAAGUGAACUCGCAAUCUCUGGAUGAUAGGGCGAGCAAUUUACCACUGCGCCACUCGGAGGCCAUGAGUUUAAGUUCUUUAUUAUCUUAAGCCAAAAUUUUGUCUAUCAAAAAGAGUUUCAAGUAGAAAUCUGUUAUAAUGAUACAGUAUCCCAUCAAACCCUAAAGGAACACAUGAAGAACAUUUGCUAAGAAUGUAAUAAUGCAAAAGGGUCAUUCAAGUCAAAUUGAAUUGUGCAGGUUUUGAUGGUACAGAAAUACAGACCAUACAGUAGUUGUAGAUUGUAGAACGUCUUGGGUUACUUUGCUGUAAACCUGUUUCCUUGAAAAAGCGGGAACAAGAUGCUGUGUGAAAACUCUAUGGGGAACAUAUUUUUGUGUUACCGGUUGUGAAGCAUGUGUGUAUCAAACACGCCAAACUUGUCCUGUGCCCAAAGCAGUACCUGGUGCGCUAGCUUGUUCUAGCGGCGCGAGCACAGUCCACCCUGGCGAUUAUGUACGAGACUACCGUAGUGUUGUACACCCGCACUAGGACAUGGUAGUCUUUAAACUGCUGGAGGAAGUGUUUCAAGGCCAGAAGCUCCCUUCGGCUGGGUGGCCAUCUAAGACCGCAGCCCAGCCUGUUAGCGUCUUGCCAGAAGUCAGAAGGGUGCGAAGUCCCUGGCGCGUAACUUUUAUUUGCCUCCGGGGAUUGGUCCUUGAGUGAAAUCCCCUGGCUUUUAGCCAAAACUGAAAUGAUCUCAUGUGCAGAAGGCCCAAAGGUAUCGCUGUGGACGCAGCUGCCAUGAGACCUAAAAAUCUCUGAAAGAGAUGAACAGUCACUUUCUGGCCUAGCUUAAUUUCCUCCAGGGUGUUGAAAAUAGAUUCGGCACACGCAGGAAACAGCUGUGCCCGCAUUGCGAUCAAAUCCCAUGUAACACCCGAAUAUGUUGUGUUCUGAGCAGAGAACGAGAAUGCUUUUUUUGUGGCGUUGAGUCUCAAUCCUAAAGAAUCAAGAUGAGCUAGGACAACAUGCCAAUGUCAAAGCGCUAGCUUCUGAGACUGAGCCAGAAUCAGCCAGUCGUCUAUGUAAUUCAAAAUACAGAUGCCCUGGAGUCGCGUUUUGUAUAUGUGCGGGUGACAGAGCUAAGCCAAAUAGAAGGACCUGAUUCUGGUAAGCUUUGCCCGCAAAAGUAAACCUCAGGAACUUACUGUGAACUCCCAAUAUUUAUAUUUAGACCACCCCCCCGUCUUUCUUGAAAUGAAAAAAAAAAUGACUGUAGCAGCCUGACUCUCUGACUGGCAGGGGAACAUCUUCUAUUAUCCCUUUCCCCAGCAAAGUCUGCAAUUCCAGAGUCAGCAGAUUCGCCCGGUUUCACGGAAGUGGAGACCACGCUGAUGUGCAACUGAAUCCUGUAGUUCCCCUCUGUACAGUCCUUAGUACCCAAGGAGAUAUACCUGGCAGUAGCUUCAAUGCUGACAGUUUUCUGGUGCCAAGUUUUGGCACUUCAGCUAGAUGGGGGUAGGUGUUAAAUGUUCGGCAUCCUAAAACUUGUCAGGAAGUGACCGAACAACUAACAUCUUGUUGGAGACAAGGCUGGAAGGUGAGAUGGGGGCAUCAAGGAGGAACGCACGAUCCUUAUCCUUGAUGCCCGUGAGGCUUAGCCACGUAGAUGUCUCUUCGUGGACACCAUUGCAGCCAUAAAGCGGCCGAUAGCACGGGCAAUCUGCUUGGUUGCACGGAGAGACAUAUCUGUGGCUCAACAUAGCUACAAAUGCCCUAUCAUCAAUAGCCCCACCAGUGCUCAAGUCUUUCAGCAGGCCCCUUUGCCUGAAAGUUUUUCCCCACCAGGAAAGAUGUCAGUCUACAUGGCUUAGUGGGGAGUGUGGGCUUUUUCAGGGAGGAUGAUGUUCCAGGAGAGAAAUAGCCCACAAAUAUCUGUUCUAUCCGGGGUAUCAUCAUAUAACCCAGCGCCUUUGCAUUAACAAUAUUUAAAUAAAUUGAUGGCAUAAAGAACACGGAAUGAAUAGGUCGCCAUGGAGGUCGUUAUAUAGUCCGUCAUGGAGGUCGCCAAAGAAAGGGAGAGAGAGAGCGUCGUUGAGGCCUCGCCCCCCGGCUGCCCAACAGAAACCUGUCGCCAAAUUUUUAGCGCUUAGGGGAAUCCGGCUUCUGCAGGCAGUCACUAUCAAACUCGCCAUAUCGGUGAGUUAACACUUUUAAACUCACUUGCAUACACACAUGCUUCACAACAGGUAACACAAACAGAUGUUCCCCAUAGCGUUUUCACGCAGCAUCGAGUGUAGCUUUUAAAAGGUAACUUCCUUUAUUCUAUAUAUAAUCCCCUGCUACACUUGUGUCCUUUUCCCAGUGGUUGCUUAGCUUCUAUUAAUGUACUGUAGAAAGAUUCCUGAGUACGCCAAAGCUAUGAUUUGACUACCUUUUUCACGUGUAAAACUCUGAACUCCUUUAAUGACCCAACCAUGUGGGAAUAAAUGACUUGGAGAGAGGUCAGGGCUGUACGAGGGAUGGGGCAAUAACUCCCAGCCAAGUUCCUGUAAUGUGAAGUGGUGUUGGUGACUGAUUGUGUGUACAGUUCCUACAGACAGAUGCAUCUUUUCCAACAACAGUGGGCUCACUUCCCACAUGAAAGUACAGCCUGCUUUAAAAUGUUUGUAUCAUUCAUACAUUUUACCGCAGCUAAGAGUCCCAAUAUACUGUACUUAAAGUAUUCUGUAAAUGUCAAUUGCUUUUAUAUUUUUAUUCUCCAUUACAAAUUUAACAAAAAGUCCUAGUUUGACUUGAACACCACUUAUAAUAUUGUUUUGUUAUGUACGAUCCUCAUGUGUUAAAUUUUCUGUAAUUCUCCAAAUGCAUAAAUUGAUGUCUGGGACGUGUAACAAACAUUGAAUCAUUGAUGGUAAUAAAUUGUC